AGGAAAAGCAAACUUUCAAGCGGCUAGGUCUCCCAAAUCCGUGGCCACCUGAGCUCGGCAGCCAUGGCUUCCCACCCGCCGCCGCCGCCGCCGCCGCCGCCGCCGGAGCACCCUAUCCCACCCGCUCCCACCACCAUAAGUGCCCUCGACGACGACCAGCUCCGAGAGAUCUUCCUCCGCCUCCCGGACCUCUCCAGCCUCGCCUCCGCCGCCUUCACCUGCCGCACCUUCCUCGGCGCCGUCCGUUCGUCCCGCGCCUUUCGCCGCAGCUUCCGUGCGCUCCACGCGCCCCCGCUCCUCGCUCUCUUCCUCACACCCUACAUGCGCACGGUACCUACCUUCCCCGCCUCACGCCCCCCCACUGCCGCCAGAUUCAGUCCCCUCCGAGACGACGACGCUUCCGAGUGGGGGGUCGAUUUCUCCGAUCCUUCGAUUGCGUACGAUGAAGGCUUCAUCGCUCUCCAGCAUCGGAGCACCAAGCAGGAAGUUUACUACAACCCCCAAACGAUGGCUCUGUUUCUCCACCCCCAGGAGCACCAUGACAUGCCCGACGGCACCACCCUUGAGUUCCACACACUCUCCCCCGGAGAGGAUCAGAGGCCGCCCCGUGUGGUCUCUGUCCGUCAUGACUACUCGCGGCCUUGGGCACGCGUCGCCGUCUUCUCAUCGGACACCAUGGAGUGGCAGAUUUUCCCGGAGACGGCCGCGCUACUGCCUGAGGGAUUCAGGCGUACAACCCGCACGCUGGUGGAUGGGUUUAUCUGUUGGCAAUGCGAGUCUGUGGGCGGGGCAUCUCUCAGCGAGUACAUUUUGGUGCUCAACACAGAUACCUUUCAGUUCUCUCUAAUAGAUCUGCCGCCGCCCUUGAGAGUGGUAUACCCAGAAUUUAAGAUUGGUCAGACCAAGAAUGGGAGGCUCUGUAUCGUAAAUGAGAAGGAAUGCACACUUUCUGUUUGGAUCUUGACAGACAGUGAUGACGGCGUCCAGCGAUUUGUGCUGCACAAUACGUUUCCGUUGCACUCUAGCUUUAUGGAGGUCACCAACUGUUCAGUGGAAAAUACAAUCUCAGUGCGGCUUAUGACGGUUUUCAGUGGUUUUGUCUACCUUUCUAUUUCCCCCUGGAAGAAUUCCAUGGAUCAGUACAAAUCCCCUGAGUGGUUCCUGUCCUUCUCUCUGGAAACAGCGGAGCUGAACCAGCAUUUUAAGAACAGAGAGCAACUUCCAUGCCCUGUCCAUCCCUACUUGGCCUGGCCUCCUUUGGUAUGCAGCAUGGAGGAUUCAGAAUCUGAAGUUACUGGAAACAUUUUGGGGGAUGUUGGUCCUGAGGGCACAGAAACGGCUUCAUCUGUCCUCAUAACAGCAUUACGCUCAUUCAAAGAAGCUUUGAUUAAGGAUGGGGAAGCAAAUGUUGCAGAGAUAGAUGCCUUCCUACUUUGUGUUGACGCUGAGGAUGAGAAGAACUCUCUUGUGAGUAAAAUCACUGCUUUAGAUGAACUGUUGAUAGCUGUGAGAGAUCGUGUCUUGAGGGUUGGUGCAGACUCUGAAUUCUACGGACAGAAGACAGAAACAGAGAGCUGGUGGGAAAUGUGCAAAGGGAAGUUACGGAGAGCUUUCUUCUUCGCUAGCUGAAUAAGCCUAUCAGGAGUAAGUGAGCUCUUGAUGUAAUGCUUUGGUACUUUAGUUUUUUAGAUGCUGCGAUGACAGCAUGCGCUAAGUUUCAUGUAUGUUAAUUGAACCGGUAAUGACUGUAACAUCAUCAGUAGUUUCAUGUAUGUUUAAUUGAAGCGGCAACGACUGUAAGAUCAUCAGUACUCUAUUCAGUAUGACUGGUUGGUAGGAGACUAAGCCUUGAGUUUCAUCUACUGAUGCGUCAUUUCACAGAUGACCCGUACCUAGAAACUGUACAUGCUCACAAGUGCUUCAUAUUUGUGUCUUUAUCUAA